UCCAGCACUUUUCUCUGUAGAAAUAUUCCUAUAAAAUAAAAUAUAACACAGAAAACUUGAAUAUUUUAGCUGAUUUAUUGGCAAAUAUUUAAUAAAACAAUUAAUUACAAUAUUCGCACACAAUUAAUCAAUUAAUAACUACUAAACAUUAAGUAAAUUAAAUGAGGCAAUUAAAUAUUGGAUCAAUUUCCUGUCCCCCGUAUGUAACAUUACACCAACAUCCUGCGUCCAACGAUAUUAAUUGAGCCCCGUAAAAAAACAACAAACCUUUAAACCCAAAUACGACGGUGGAAAAACAUUCCGGUCUGAUGCGUCCAUUCCAAUUCAUGUACAGAUUAAUAUCAAAACAUACAUGUUUACUUCGGGCCCGUCGAUUAAUCGCCGCGAUAAGUUUCAGUCUUGCAGUGAAGGUGGUGUGAUAAUAAAAUGUACGUCGCUAAAAACACUUUCGAAAUCAUGAGACCCUUCGUGGUGGUCACCAGGAUAUUUGGGCUUUGCCCCGUCACGUACGAACAAAAGGGAGCUUAUUUCAUCAUGAAACGGUCCAUCAAGUACAUCUUGUACAGCUACAUCUUGGCCAUAGUCUUAGUGUCCACAGUGUUGAUGGGGGUCAUCAACGAUCUGAAGGUGGACGAAAAGGAGUCUGUAAGGAUGAAGUCCAUGAAGACGAGGUACAUAACAUGUUGUGACAUAAGUGUGGUCAUCAUGCUGGUGGUGUUCGGCAUCGUGUCCACCCCCUUCAAACAGAAAACCUUUUGGAAGAUGCUCAAGUGCUUCAACAACUUGGACAACUGGCUUCCAAUAACCACCCAGGAGGUCCAAAAAUACAAAAGAACAUCCAGGAACUUCAUCCUGGUGCUCAUGAUUGGGUUUUCCGUCAUCGUAGCCUUUGAUGUGUCAGUCUGGGACAGACUGUCAAGAAUAAACAACAACAGCGACAAGUUUUGGAAGAACUACACCACGUUUUACAUGCUCUACUACAUCGUUUUGAUGCAGGAGAUAUUCUUUUGCCACGUGGUUUAUUUCUCCAAAAUACGUCUGACACACUUAAACAAGGCUCUGGCUUCUGAGGCAAGGAUCAGGGACUCAGUCAAUAGUUCUGGUUCAAGAACCACAGUUGCCACCCUUGAUUUGGCCAAAGAACUUAACACAACCUACUUAGGAAAAGGGGGACAUUCAACCCACAAGCUGGUUGACAUGUCUAAUUAUGAUAAAAUGGCAACAUUUGGGCAAGUCUACGAGAGAAUUGUAGAAGUUGUAGAGUACGUCAAUGAAGUUGGAGGCCUGGGAAUAAUUAUAAUACUCCUGAGUUGCCUCCUACAUUUAAUAGUAACACCCUACUUCCUCCUUUAUGAAAUCGCCAACAAUGGCAACAAAGUUUUUAUCUGCCUACAAACAGUGUGGCUGAUUACCCACUCCACCAGAUUGUUGCUGGUGGUUGAACCUUGCCAUCAAUUCUUGAUUGAAAACUCAAAGACUAUCAACUUGGUGCUUCAACUUCUAGCUUUUGUGCGAGACGAAGAGGCCAGGAAAACACUGCACCUUCUUGCCUUGCAGGUUUCACAAUGCAAGAUACGUUUUUAUUCUUGUGGGCUUGUUAAGAUUGAUAGAUCUUUGAUCACAGCCGUUGUUGGAGCUGUAACGACUUAUUUGGUGAUUUUGUUCCAGUUCAAUAAAGUUUAAUACUUGCUUCAAUGAAGGAUAACUAAUAAUUAAGAUUAUUUAUUAACUGUUUGUUGGAACUAAAUGUUAAUUGUGUAAAUACAGAGAGUACAAAAUAAUAAAUUGUUAUAAAAUUUAAA